AUGCUGCUGCUUCCGCGGCCUGAAGGGAGGCUGAGCCCAGGCCCCCAGGGGCCCAAACCCACAGAGGACGUUCCCGAGCUGCCCCAGGGCAGCCCCACCCCUGGGGCAGCUGCAGACCGCCGCCUCCCCUCCGGCCACCUGCCCUGCAAGGCCUGGUGGGGCGCUUGCAGGGAUGGGGCUCGCGGCUCCCACGGUUGGCCCCAGCCUGGGAAGGUGUGGAACGAGGGAUUCUCUGGGGACAGCCUGGAGCUGCAGGACCGUGAGGCCGCUGGGUCGGGGUCUGCGAGACCCUCCAGGAGAACCCUUGCCCUCCCCCAACCUGUCAGGCUGCGGGCACCGGGCACCGGCGUUGGGGCAGCCCUCUUGCCCCCACAUCCCCCUGCGCUGCGCACGCAGCCCACGCCCCGUCCAAAGCUCUGGUCCCAGCGGCCUCUCGGAGGGACCGCUCCCUUCCGUCAGCCACGCCCAUCACCCCGCCCCCGGAGUGCCCGCCCCUCAGCCACGCCCAGCACCCCGCCCGCGGAGUGCCCGCCCCUCAGCCACGCCCAGCACCCCGCCCCCCGGAGUGCCCGCCCCUCAGCCACGCCCAGCACCCCGCCCCCCGGAGUGCCCGCCCCUCAGCCACGCCCCCGCCCAGCACCCCCCGCCCCCCCCCGCCCCCCGGAGUGCCCGCCCCGGCAGGUGGCCGCGCUGCCCCACCUCACGGCCCGCUCCCCGCAGAUCUCAUGCUCAGUCCACACCCCGAGACCCAAGGCCCCGGGAGGGAGGGCCGGCGUUGCUGCCCUCUGGGCCCGCAGACUGCAGGGGAGGGGGGCCCCCCCACCCGGGUCUGACCCGGGCCCUCGCUGCGGGCUCCCAGUGUUUGAGGAGGGACUGCGGACACAGCCUGGGCGUGUGAGGCCCGCGGCGGGGGCCCCUGCAGAGGCCGCGGGGUCGGCUCUCCUGCGGAGUGCCUCCAGCCACGGGCCAGGCUCGUGUCCCUCGGGCGGGUCCCACAGACGCCCGGAGGAGCUCCCUCUGCAGGGAGCCCCGCAGCGUGGCCUCCGCCUGGGGAGGUCCUGCCGGGACCGGGCGGCGGGACAGACCCAGGCCCAGGGCACCCGGGACGUGGAGGGCCAGCGGGGUGGGGUGGACCCCAGGACGGUGGUGGCCACUCUGGGCGCAGUGGGGAGGGGUACGGACACCUGGGCCCCCGACAGCCUGCCCGGCGUGGGUGCGGCCCCCUCGCCGGCUGGAGAGCCCGGGGCUGGUUCUGUGCCUCCGUGCCCUCGUCUUGUUGGAGCAAAUGCCCCCGGGGAGGUUCAGGCCUGGGAGGUGGCCGCCCUGGGGGCUGGGAGGGCAGAGCCGGCGCCUGGGCUGGCCAUGAGGAGGGACGCCCGCUUGUCUCCUCCAAGGAGAAGAGUGCCAGCUGAGGCCCGAUUCAGCGGGCUUCCACAGAGGGGCAAGCUGGCGACGGGGCGGGUCCGACCUCACGACCAGGAGGGAGCAGCGCCCCCCACCCCUGCCGGCCACCCUGCAGCCGCACCCCUGAGCAUCCUGCGUGCCACGCUCAGCCUCCCUGCCCGCCACCGGCCCCAGCCCGGGACCCCCUCCCUCCUGCAGAACUCCUCUCUGCAGGGAAAGGAGCCCCACAUGCUGGCCGGCCCACCCGGGGUGGCGGUGCUGUGA